ACAACAAAUAGCAAAUGCUGCGGUUCUCACUGUAUCGUAUGGUGGUGCUGCUGUGUGUGGCCAUCAUGCUCUACACGGUGUACCGCUGGUGCCGGAUCCUAUUCGAACCGGGACCCGAGCCAGACGGACGACAAUUUCAGCACACCUGCAACAUGACCGAGCACUACCGGCACGAGCUGGAACGAUUGUUCGAAAGAGUACACCGGCUACUGGAGCAGCACGGGCUGACACACUUCCUCUGCUACGGGACGCUCUGGGGGCAGAUACGCAUGGCCAAGAUGCUGCCGUGGCGGGAAAAGGCCGAGUUCUGUGUGCUCAACGAGGAGCUGAUGCGGCACGAGGAGGCACGCUUCAUACGGAACUUUUACGCGAGCGAGCUGCGCAUCCACUACCUGCACUCGGAGGGCAUCUACCGGAUAUUCGCGCAAGAGUCCCCCGCCCAGCAUGCACCUCCGUACGUGGAGCUGGUAGUAUUUCAGCUCGAUGAAGUGCAAGGUAUGUACAAACGGAUCGGCUGGAAGCGCCGCCUGUUGCCGCCGAACUGUGACUGGACCCCGUCGCUCGACUGCUUCCCGCACAAUCUGCUGCAGGGUACGCUGCCGAAGCGGCCACUCGGCCACCGGCACCACUACACCGUACCGAUGGGUGGGAUCGAGCUGCAAAAGUACCACUAUCCGGACAGUUGGUGGAAAGAGGUGAAGGUUCGCAACUGCAACCUGCAGUAACCGUCCCACAGCUCAAGGGGAUACAGUGCUCAAAGAGGCCGCCGUGCCGUGUUCUUCGGAUGCUCACACAGUGAUAGGUUAAUAAAUCCCUUCUUUUUUGUUCUCUCCAAAUCAAAAGCGCAUUUCAUGUGCUGUAAUUCAACGGUGUGUUCAAAUGCAUAUACAGGUUGUUGAAAUAGUACUGUUUUAUUCCUUUUUCUUCUUCCGUUUUUCGAAUCUCCUGUUGGGCGAGACGGGUAUGUGUUUGUGUGUGAAUUUUUUAUACGGUACAUACGUUUUGUGACUGUUGUUUGUCGCUGGCUGCCCAAGUUUCACUUACAGUGCGCUUACAGCAUCUUAUUCUAUCCAGCCCUUUCUUCUUUUUUUUUGUACCUUUGGGGAAAGGGGAGUCGUCUGUCCAUCCAUCAGCUACGGGAGAAACGUACACAUUGUGAUGCCCUUUCGUGUUGCCAUUUCCCAGCCUAAAUCGUUCGCCUUUCAUCGCUGCCAACUCUUUCCCGAUGCGUUGCGCUUUACGUCAUAAGCAUAAGGAAAAGCAACAUCCAAUCAAAAAGAAGGAACGUACAACGUAGAACAAAGUGGUUCAUUUUAGAAAGGAAACACGUAUUGAGGUGUGGAGCAUCGUCAACUAAAUGUUGUUGGUGGCGAGCCCAACGUUCCCCCUCCAAAAACGAUCGCAUCUAUCUUGUGCUCGUUCUGUAACGUUCCGCUGUAUGUAAUUGACUUGUCGAAUGUGUAAAUGUGUGCUCAUCAGCGGGGUCUCGAUCGCGCAAACGUUUGUGCGAUCUACGACCCUUUUGAAUAACAGUGUAUUGUGUGUUAAGCAAUACAAUUAAUUUGAUUUCAUUGAUUUCAGCCCCCCACGAAACGCCUUCCUUCCGUUCUUUCCGCAGUUCUCGCGCGCGAUCUUGAGCAAAAAAAACAACAACCGAAAAUGAAAGCUAAUAAAGAGAAGAAAAACAUAAACA